AUGAUAUGUGUACAUCAGAUUUGCAUUUAGAUGAGCAUCAGGAGUAUAUACUGUAUAUUCAGGGACUUAGGGUUACAUAUAAGGGAGUUUUGGGGGCAACUUGCUGAUUGGGAAGCAUUUAUGGGAUACUUUCUUUAGUAGAACCACGUACUGAACUAGAACCCUGAUGCCUUGAAUUAUUUUUCCCCCCCGGUCAUUUCAUGUCUCAUAUGCUACAACGAAACAAGUUACUACGUAUAUAGAGUUGUGAUCAUUGAAAAAUCCUGGUGAUUCCUGUCUGAGAUGUGAACUCACUUUGCUCUUUUCUACAAUUCUACUCUAUGUUAGCUUGUCUCCAACUUUAAGAACUUAAGAUGAAUUUCUGUUUGUGUGUUUCUGAUCCUUAGUCUUCUGGAGUUAGAGAAAAAGGUUGGAUGGGAUUAGAGUAUUAUACCUGAAGUCCUGAACCAUACCUUUGUAUAGCCGAUAGCGGAGCCAUUGGGGUAAAUAUUAUACAUGCAGUGUGAAGUCAUUAUGUCACUAAUGUACCAAAUAAACUCCACAUUCUGAUACAUUCACACUAUGUAAUUCAUAUGUCAUAACGUGCAGAAUGAACCGAUCAUAUAUAUAAAUUAGAAAGGGUGAAAAGAUCAUCAAGAACCAUUCAACAUACAGAAUCCAGGGAUAGCAAAGAUACAGAUAUAAAAUUCAAAGCUCAUUCUUCACUUGAAUUAUUUUAUGAUAUAAUGUUUGACUAAGCACCUCUCUCUCUAUAUACUGUAUUUAUGCAUAACAGUUCAACUAUCCUGAGCAAAACUGAAGGGGGAAAAUGUUGUGUGGGGUAAGAGGAGAGUCUAGGAGUCAAAUGAAACUAAAAGACAUAGAAAUCAAGGAGGAGAGAGAGAGGGAAAGAGAAUUGGAGAGAAUAACAGCUCAAGAUGAUCUUAAAACAGAGAUCACUGAGCACUUUACCCACCCACAUCCCCUGAUAUAUACCGAGUCAGACUAUAAGCAAUUUCAAUGUAAUUCUUGCAACUGCAAGGGGAAAGGAAAGAGAUUCAAUUGUGCCCUAUGCAACUUUGAUCUGCACAAGAUUUGCGCCGAAAGCCCCAUCAUCUGGCUCUUACACAAAAUGCCACCUGAAGAGAUAGAAAGGUUUGGGAUCCUUCAUGACAUCAUUGAUACUUUUGCCCAUCCUCAGCACUCAGUGAUUUCUGAGUACAAACAGAAGCUUUUCAGGUGUGAUCACUGCAAGAAUGUCGGGGAUGGUCUAAGGUAUUACUGUGAUGCAUGUAAUGUCACGUUGCACCAGGUCUGCGCUGAGAAACCGACCAGACUAACCUCCCACCUGCACCCCCAGCACGAGCUUGAACUGAAGCUCAGGCCACAUUUUAAAUACUGUGAACUAUGUGGAACCAAAGGGAGUCACAGGAAUAAUCGAGUGUAUACCUGCAAAGAAUGUGAAUUCUAUAUGCACCCUGAGUGCAGCCAGUUGCCACUAUACUUGCUUCACCCGCUACACCCUCCCCAUCCACUGCUGCUUCAAAGAUCAUGUAGUGAUUAUCGUUGCUCUGCUUGUUCGGAGUUGAAGACAUAUGGCUCUAAGUAUAGUUGUACACGGUGUGGACUUGAUUUUGAUCAUACUUGCAUCAUAAAGAAGUCUAUAAUUGGUCUGGAUGAUGAAGUGAGACAGAAUCACACAGAGCAUAAGAUCACAGUACUGCCAGUUGCAAAUUUAAUAUCUUCAUAUGCACUGAUUGCAUCUCCACAGGAUUCUUCUACCACAAGUAUUGAUUUCAACUUCCUCACAGUCCCAUCAAAUAUUAUUCAGAGCUUUUCUGAAAUUUAGAUCCGUUGUCCAUUCGAUUGAUCUCUUCAUUAUGCAGUUGGUAUUCUAUCCCCAUUUAAAGAAAUGUUAGAAUGUAAACUUGAUGUCUGAUGUGUGGUGCUUUGGUAUUCAGGAUUGUGGUUUCUGUAAAAUGUAUGAAAAUUAUGUGAGUACAGGAAUAUGGUUUGAAGCACUGAAUUCAUUAUGUAAAAUAUAUUGCAAUUGUGUUUCAAUACAAACAAAAACAAAGUUAUUUGA